AUGUUGAAGGAAAUGUUGUUUGGCAAGCUGCAACUUAUCUCAAUAAACAUAAUUGGCAUAUUGUUUAAGGCGUCUGCAUUGAAUGUUGUUCGAUUGCAUUCGGAAUUACGUGAGGUCAGAGGACUAGUCGAGGCAGCAAAGCUGGAGAGUUGGAUACAUGAGUGGUUCAUACUCCUUAUAUCUGGAUUAAUCCUAUUGCGCUUUUUAUCCUGUUUUCUUGGUCUUGUCGCAAAUAUCGUUGCAAUCUAUCCAAUUCUUACAAACUCACAAGCGGACUUGCUACGACCCACAAUUAUAGUGCAGAUCUUUGAUAAUGUGGUGUUGAACAUUUGUGAGAUAGUCUUGGGAUAUGGCUGUUUCAAGUAUCUAUAUUCUGAAUCCUUUUCUAUUUUUGUAAUAUUUUUGGCAAAGUAUAUUUUUAAAAGCACCUGCUGCUUAUUGGUGCUCAAUCUUUACUCGAUAAAGCAUCAUCAGUUGGAAAUGAGUGUGACGCACGCCGAGAAUGGAGCGAGCCUUGACCGCGAUAGUAGCAAUGAAUUUGAAAUAGACAGUCAACGCUUAUGGCCAAUGGGCUGAUAAUAAAACGAGUGGUGGAAUUAAA